AUGUUACUAAAGUGCCUUCCCUCCAUUUCCAUACUAUGUGUGUAUCUCAUGCUGAAUAUAAGUACGACUUCAAACGCAAUCACUCGAGAAAAACGUUCACCUCAAGGACCUCCUCCUCCUAUAUGGGGUAGAGGACCACCAGGUCAUCAACCCGGAGGACCUCCAGGUCGUCAACCUGAAGGACCACCAGGUCAUCAACCCGGAGGACCUCCAGGUCGUCAACCUGGAGGACCACCAGGUCAUCAACCUGGAGGACCACCAGGGCAUCAGAAGCAAAAAGGAAAAAAGCCAGGAAAAGGAAAUCCUCACCGUGAUUAUGAUAAUGAAGACACAUUUUCACAGGAAGGGGACACAGACUUUAGCUAUAAUAGACUAACCAAUAAUUUUAACUAUAAUAGACCAACGUCAAAUAUGGGUAAUAUUAACAAGGACCCCCAAAACUUAAUGCACCAAAAUAUUUACGGAACAGAGGAUCAAAUGAACGGAAAUACCAAUUUACUAAAUUCUUAUAACAAAGUUGAUAUUUCAACAAAAAAUAACGAAAAAAUAACUUAUGACGCGGGUCAAGCUUAUGUGUUAGUAAAUGGUAAUAAAAAUAACGAUAAAAAUGUAGUACCAGUAACUUUAGUAUUUCAAGCACAACCUGUAACGCCAGCAAGUUAG